AUGUCCGCAUUCUCUGAUAGUGACUCAGAGACAGAAGUCGUCUCCAGAAAUUUGUGUGGUGUCGUCGACAUCGGCUCCAAUGGUAUUAGAUUUAGUAUAUCUUCCAAGGCAGCUCAUCAUGCAAGGAUCAUGCCCUGUGUCUUUAAGGAUAGAGUGGGCAUUUCAUUGUAUGAGGUUCAAUAUUCGCCCGAUUCACUUGAGAAGAAACCAAUCCCAAAUGAAGUCAUACGAGAGAUUUGUGCGGCUAUGAAAAGAUUUAAGUUAAUUUGUGAGGAUUUUGGUGUCCCUGAAUCUAGUGUGAGAGUGUUGGCCACAGAGGCAACUACAAACGCCAUCAAUUGUCAGGAAUUGAUUGAGGCGAUAUACGAAUCUACAAAUUGGGAUGUAGAAUUGCUCUCGGGGGAAGAAGAGGGGAAACUCACCGCUUAUGGUGUGAUGUCUUCUUAUAACACUGUCAAUGGAUUAUAUAUUGAUUUGGGUGGUGCAUCCACUCAAUUAUCAUGGAUGAAAUGUGUCGAUGGUGAAAUUACACAAUGUGAAACUCCUGUCUCGUUGCCCUAUGGUGCAGGAACACUAACCAGAAGAUUAAAGGCGGAAGAUGCUAAUGCCUUGUUUAUGGAAAUUAAAAAUGCAUACAAGCUGGCUGUCGAAAGAAUUAAGAUUCCAGAGGAUAUGUUCAAAAAUGCAACAUUAAAGGGUGGAUUUAACUUAUUGGCCCGUGGUGGAGGACUUAGAGGCAUGGGUCAUUUGAUUUUAUCACAGACGCCAGAUUAUCCAAUCCAGACCAUUCUUAAUGGGUUUUCAUCGUCACAUAAUGAAUUCACUGCAAUGGCUGAUUAUUUAUUCUUGAAAGGGAAAAUUCCAGGCCCUAAGAAGGAAAAAAUAUUUAAAAUAUCAGAAAGAAGAGCAGAUCAGUUACCUGCGGUCGGGUUAUUAUUAAGUGCCAUGUUUGAAUCAUUACCAUAUAUUAAAUCUGUCUAUUUCAGUGAAGGUGGUGUAAGAGAAGGUACAUUAUAUUCCAUAUUACCUAGAGAAAUAAGAGGACAGGAUCCAUUGAUUAUUGCAUCAAGACCGUAUGCUCCAUUAUUAGUUGAUAAAUAUUCAGCCUUAUUGAUGACAGCAUUACCAGAAAAUGAUAUACCCGAAAUAAUAUACAAGAGAAUUGUCCCAGCAUUAGCUAACUUGGCGUUUGUUCAUGCAUCAUAUCCCAAGGAGCUACAACCAACGGCAGCUUUACAUAUUGCAACAAGAGGUAUUGUUGCAGGCUGUCAUGGGUUAUCUCAUGUAGCAAGAGCAUUGAUUGGUAUAGCACUUUGUAAUCGAUGGGGUGGCAAUAUCCCAGAGCAAGAAGAAAAAUAUAUGCAGGCUUUGGAGCAGGUAGUAUUACGUGAAGGGAAAUCGGAUUCGAAUCGAAUAGUAUGGUGGACAAAGUAUAUUGGAACAAUCAUGUAUGUCAUUUGUGGGGUACAUCCCGGUGGUAAUAUAAGAGACGAUGUAUUUGAUUUUUCUGUAUCUAAGAAAUCAUUGAAACAUGAAUUUAGAGAUCUAACUAUUGACGAAGCAUUAGCAUCUCCAUCCUCUCAUUCCAAGCCAAAUCAAUCAGAACAUUCAACAAAACAUGUAAGAGAAUUUGAAGUAGUAGUAAGGAUAAGCAAAGAUGACUUAAAGACAAGCGCAUCAGUCCGUUCCAGAAUUAUAACUUUACAAAAGAAGAUAAGAAAAUUGUCCCGAGGUAGUUCCGAAAAGGUGAGGAUUGGAGUACAGUUCCAUGAUUAA